AUGGUUGAGGCAAGGUCAUCAUAUCAGGAGGGAAGUUUGUGGUUCUAUGCACCAAAUAAAGGUGCUGCAAUUGCUUUUGCGAUUCUCUUUGCUGUAUCUGGCGGCAUCCAUGGAUAUCAAUGCUUCAAAUAUAAGUCUUGGAAAGUCACCGGCCUUCUUCCAUGGUCUGCCCUCUUGUUCACGGCUGGUUUUAUCAUGCGAACUAUUGGAGCAUUCAGGCAGUGGGCAAAUAUCGGCGUCUAUAUCGCAAGCACAGUGCUUCUCCUCGCCGGACCACCAGUGUAUGAGGGUGCCAACUUCUUCAUUUUGGGUCGCAUACUCUACUAUAUCCCAUACCACUCUCCCAUUCACCCUGGCCGCGUAUUCACGACUUUCGUCGCCUUGGGUGUGGCCAUUGAGAGCAUUACGGCGAACGGAGCGGCCCGAGUUGCAAGUGCAGACUCUAGCAUCAGCUCGCAAAACACUGGAAAGGCUCUACUGAAGGCGGCGCUUAUCAUGCAGAUCGUGCUGAUGGCAGGCUUUGUGGCUUUGGCCGGCCGAUUCCACUUUAACUGCUCCCGAGGAGGCGUAUUGAACCACAAGAUCAAACAUGCGUUACUAGUGCUAUACUGCAGCUGUACCCUCAUUACAAUCCGUACCAUCUAUCGCACCGUGGAAUACUUUACUGCUGCGAGUCUGAAUGCUUAUGCCGACCUCGAGCAUAUCAGUCCUGUGUUGAAACAGGAGUGGUUCUUCUGGUUUUUUGAGGUUGUGUUCAUGUACAGCAAUACCACUUUGCUGAAUGUCUUUCAUCCUAUGCACUGGCUUCCGCGGUCAAACAAGAUUUAUCUCGCUGAAGAUGGUGUCACGGAGAUUGAGGGCCCUGGCUAUGAUGAUCCCCGUCAUUGGCUCCAGACUCUCGUUGACCCCUUUGAUAUUUACGGACUGAUCGUUAAUCGCGGCAAGAAAGAGAAGUAUUGGGACGCAGGUCCAACUCGGAGAGAGUACAUUACUGCUAAACCCACCCAGGGGGUAUGA